AUGAUCUCAAUCGGAUUUACUAUUAGUCACAAAUUGGCAACAUUCGAAAAUUGGCAAAAGUGGUACUGUGGUUCUGACGAUGAAACUAGGAGACAUUCGUAUAAAACAAUAGCAGAAGAAUGUCCUGACGUUCUUGACCAAUUUAAUGAAUGCUGUUGGGUGCACGAUCAAUGCUAUGCUGAUCAACUUGGAAAAAUUAAUUGUGAUAACCACUUCUGCCAGUGUUUAGAUAUCAUUGCUAUGAAGGCAAAACACUAUGACGACUGUAAAAUGAAUGCUUGGUGGGCAUGCUUUGCGGUGCAGGUGUUUGGCGACCAUGCAUAUGUCGCAUCAGCUUCUCAGAACCGAACAAUGAAAACGUCCACAGUUACAAAAAAGGAUACAACUACAACGAAUGCGCCCACAGUGUGCGUAAUCGAUGAUGAAGAGGUUCAUGAGCAUUAUAAGAUGGCCUCAAAUACCUGUCGUGAUCAAAAAAAUGAAUUUACAAAAUGCUGCGAGCAGCAUACGAUGUGCCAUCGUAAUCUAUCCAACAAUCCCAAAUUUUGCCACAAGGCAUUCGCUUCUUGCCUGAUCGAUCAUAUCAAUGAAGACAAUAAUAGUGAUUCUGACUGUCGAAAAGCUGCCUAUCUUAUAUACAAUGAAUUAUCUGGUGAAGGAAGUGAUGAACCAAAAGAAUGCUUGCAGUUAAAAAUUGCAUGUUCAGCCGGACACUACUUCCUUCAUCAGCGACGUUUGGGACUUGAGUUUCGACGGGGCGUAUUCCAGUUUGACAAACUGAAUGGAGUCUUAAAGGACCUUCUCAAAUUCUUAUGUCUACCAGUUCCUUAUAUUAAUAUACCGCAAAAGCGGCCUCGUAUUUGA